CCACUUAAUUUGUGUAUGCCUUGGGCCGGCUCUGGAAAUCAAAACAAUCAAUGCUAACCCCAUGAGCUCUCGCUGAGCGUAAACAUUCCAACAUGGACCGAGGGUCAAAUUCCACAUCACAUUUUUUCUGCACCUCUGUGUGCUCACCCUACAGUCUGCAAUCUAUACAUGUGAAGAACUGGUGAAGAGGCAAGUUUAGAGCAUGUCUGCAUUGAAAACCUCAGCGGCGCACUCAAUCCCACCCCACACCCUGACCCGGCUGGCACGAGAGUGGCUGUCUGAGGACACACCUAACUUUGACCUGGCAGGAGUGUGCGUGGGAUCAGAGGAGACCGAGGCCAGACUGUUGUGUAAAACUCCUCUCAUCGUGCUGGCAGGGAGCCCUUUCUUCACGGCAGUGUUCACCGAGGUGGGAUGCACAGUGGACUGGGUUUACCAGGAAGGAGCUGAGAUUGGUCUGGAUGCAGUCACCGUGACUGCUGUGGUGAGAGGCCCAGCGAGGUGCCUCCUCCUUGGGGAGCGACCGGCUCUAAACUGUCUAGCUCGGGCCUCCGGGAUCGCCAGCCGCUGCUCACAGCUCAGGGCCAAGGCAAAAGCUGCAGGAUGGCACGGGGAGGUGGCGGGCACCCGCAAGACCACUCCGGGCUUUCGGCUGGUGGAGAAGUAUGCCAUGCUGGUGGGGGGGGCAUCCAUGCACAGACAUGACCUGAGUGGGAUGGUGAUGCUCAAAGACAACCACAUCUGGGCUUCGGGAAAUAUCACACAGGCGGUGAAAGCGGCCCGGUCUGUGUGCGGUUUCAGCAGUAAGAUUGAGGUUGAGUGUCGUUCCACAGAAGAGGGCAGGGAAGCAGCUGCAGCCGGUGCGGACAUUGUCAUGCUGGACAACUUUCAUCCACAGGAGCUCCACACUGCAGCCCGAACCCUAAAGAACGAGUUCCCUUCUCUUCAGACAGAAGCCAGCGGAGGAGUCACUCCAGAGAACUUAGAUUUAUAUUUUUCUCCACAUGUCGACAUCAUUUCUCUGGGUUGCAUCACGCAAGGAUGCCCAGUGGCAGAUUUCUCCCUCAAAGUUCAAAAAUCAAACAAAUGAAUAGAAACCCACCUAAAGGUUCAUCUGAAGGAUGUGACUGACGAUGCUGUGUUGCUGGACGAUUCAACAGAAAACAACCUUUCAAACAGGAAACAACCAUCAGAAAUAGACACUACUUAGAAAACAUUCAAUUCAAUUCGAUUUAAAAAUACUUUAUUAAUCCCAGAGGGAAAUUGAUUGCUGUAGUAGCUCAGAAUAAUAAUAAUAAUCAAGUUGUCAAAGAGUUGUUGUAUACUACUGUCAUGGAUUUUAUCAAUAUGUUUAUCAAUAACCCAUUUCCUAUAGUGAAGAGAGAAGGAGACAAUAAACAACAAGUCAAACAGUUGUAACUGUGGCAAGAUGCCGAAGCAAAUGCCUCGAACAUCUGUUCACAGGCUUUAUUUAUAGAGGGGUAUCAGAAAGAUAAGAGGUCAUUGUGUGAGAGAGAGAGUCAGUGUGUGUGUGUGCGUGUGUGUGCGUGCGUGUGUGUGUGUGUGUGUGUGUGUGUGUGUGUGUGUGUGUGUGUGAGUGGGACAAGAAUGUGUGUGUAAGUGAGCAUGCAGAGAGGCAUAGAGCAGUACAUAUUACCUUCAGUUGAUUGGGUCAAUGAUCAAGAAUUAAUAAACACAGAUUUUUCCAUAA